AUGGAAUGCCUUCAUUGCUUUUUGGACUGCCACGGCACUCACAGGGGGUGCGCCGCUUCUUUUCACGGCCUUCUCCAUCCCUUUCUGGCUCGUCGGCGGCGAUCUAUCCCCUCUCAGUCUAUCCCCUCUCAGUCUAUCCCCUCUCAGUCUAUCCCCUCUCAGUCUAUCCCCUCUCAGUCUAUCCCCUCUCAGUCUAUCCCCUCUCAGUCUAUCCCCUCUCAGUCUAUCCCCUCUCAGUCUAUCCCCUCUCAGUCUAUCCCCUCUCAGUCUAUCCCCUCUCAGUCUAUCCCCUCUCAGUCUAUCCCCUCUCAGUCUAUUCCCUCUCUCGCCUCUUGCACCAUUGACAUUGCCUUGUGUCCUCUUCUCCUCCUAUUCUCCUCUCCUCGCCUCUUCUCCUCCUAUUCUCCUCUCCUCGCCUCUUCCCUUCACGGCAUUCUUCAAAGGAGGGAUGGGAAGGGGAAUCACCGUCGUCUUCCAUUUUUUACACUCGCGCUUUCCCUCUCUCCCUUCUGUCCCACCCCCCCAGUCUGGCCAAGAAGGCAGUAUCCACAGUGGCAGUUUGAGUUGGCUUGUCUUUCCAAGAAGGUGGUGUCAACAGUGGCAGUAUCAGUGGAUCUAGUGAUUGACCUCCAGGGGGGCCAUCUGGCCAAGAAGGUGGUGUCGACGGUAGCAGUCUCAGUGGAUCUAGUGUUUGACCGCCAAGGAGGAGGGGAGUUCAGCAUCACGUGGCGGGUGGGCGACCUUUGGAGCCACACUGAGAGGGGCCGAUGUGCCGACAUCUCCCGCGCUGCAGUGGUGGUAGAAGGGUUCCAAAACGGCGAGCCAAUGGCGGUGUGCCAGCUGGCGGAAGGUGUGAAGGAGCACCGCUUUGGAGGCGGGCUGAAGCCUGUGGAGCAGCAGUGGGUGGUGGGGCAGAUAGGGGAGUUUCUGGGUAUUGGGUUUGGGGGUGUUCUGGGGGUGGAUGAGGAGGCGAGCAGGCGAGGAGGGAGGAAUAAUUGGAGUGAUGAUGAGGAGUGGUGA